AUGCUUACCUUUAUUAAAAUAUUUAUUUCUUUGAAAAUUAUACUAAAUAAUUUAGCUACUGUGGAUAAAUUUGUAGAUGCUAUCGCUGAACUUAAAGGUUUAUUAGACCGUUGGUUAGAGACAAAAGCUUUUCUCGAGAAUGAUUUAAAAAAUUUUUGGAGUCAACUUAAUUGUAAGCUUGAGUCUGACACCGUAAAGUCAACUUCAUUGGAACUUUUGAAUGCUAACUUGAGCGAAACACUACAUAAAGCCGAGGAAAGUAUAAAGCUGUAUAAAAGUAAAACUUCCGAGUUGGACACAGAAAAGUUACUCUUAGAAAGCAAAGUGGAUGAUUUGAACACAAAACUUGAGGAACUUAAAAUUUAUAAUGAAAAGUCCCUUAGCGACCAAAACUCUCUAUGUGAGCGCGUUAAGAGGGAGCUGGAAUCAGAACGAGAGCAGCAUCAACAAACCUUACAACAGCUGAAUACAAUAGAGAGAAACUAUGAAGAUUUAAGUAAAACUAAUAAGACAUUGACGUUAGAGCUCGAAGCACUAAAAAACAGGCUGGAGGAAAAAAAUAGCGAAUUCAGCUCCACGAUGGCUACUUUUUCUCGCACGCAGGAGGCCCACCAAGCGACCAUCAACGAUCUGAAUGAAGAAAACAAAGUACUUAAAGAAUGCGUAUCAAAAUUGAAUGGAGCUGAAUACGAGCUUUUGACUAUAAAAGAGGAGUUGAGAAAGCAGACGAGUCUCUGCUCUGAAUUUCAACUGUUCGAAAAAGAGCUAAAAGAAGCCCUCAUAAAAAAGGACGAGCUCCUUCAGAAGCAGGCCAACGAAAUUUGGCAGCUGAAGCGGGACUUGAACCGCUCGCAGGAGGCCUUCAGCAAGUGCGAAACGGAAAUUGGCGAACUCAAGGAGAACAAUCGUAUGUUGCAGUCGAACGUGACUCUCCAGAGCGAACUUGCACGAGAGUUGACUUCCAGACUGAAACAACUGCACGACAACUCUGGCAUCCCUAUCGAAAACGUGCAAAUAGAGCGCAUUUGUAAACUCUCUAUGGAAAAUGAGGAGCUGAAAGCCAAAAUCUCCAUUUUAGAGUGCAAAGACAAAGAGUUCUCAGAAGCCCAGGGUGAGAUUGCGGAAUUGAAGCAAAAACUUUAUGAAGCUGAGGAGAGAAACAGGAUUCUUCACAAUACCAUUCAGGACUUAAAGGGGAAAGUGCGCGUAUUUGUACGGAUCCGGCCUUCAUGGGCUGAUGCCCAGCGCACUGCCGUCAAGAGCGACACUGACCUCCACAUGGAGUGCAGAGGUACUCAGCACGUUUUCAAGUUUGACCGUGUUUUUGGGCCAGUGGACUCGCAAGAGACCGUAUUUGAAGAGGUUGCGUUGUUCGUGCAGUCGGCCUUGCACGGCUACAACACCUGUGUGAUCGCUUAUGGCCAAACAGGAGCCGGAAAAACCUUCACCAUGCACGGUGGGAGGGGCAAGGAAGCUGGCAUUGUCCGAAGGGCCGCCCAGAAAAUUGUGGAGACGGCGCAAGUUAUGAAAGCAACGGGCUGGGAGUACUCUUUCACGUGCAACUACGUCGAGAUCUACAACGAGCAAGUGAGAGAUCUUCUGGCUUCUGGUGCGCCGAAAGUAAACAUGCGAAUCAUCGGUUCAGAAGUUUUAACCAAAGAUUUUCACGAAAAGACCUUUUCCUCCGUCGACGAGGUGGAUUUGAUAGUCUCAUCCGCCGAAAAGCAAAGAUCCGUGGCCGCCACCAACAUGAACGAGACCUCCUCAAGAAGUCACAGCGUCUUUAUCUUAAAGCUUCAGGGUGUCCAUGUAGAAACAAAAACAAAACUAAAUGGUUGCCUGUACCUCUGCGACUUAGCAGGCUCCGAAAGGAUCGCGAAAAGUGGGGCCACUGGCGACAGGCUCAAAGAGGCCCAAAAUAUUAACAAGUCUCUCUCCACUUUAACGGAUGUUCUUAGGCAGUUGCACGAGAAGGCUGACCACAUACGCUACAGAGAUUCAAAGCUGACCAUCUUGCUGCAGCCCUGCUUUACGUGUUCUGGGAAGUCUUUAAUGAUUGUCAACGUCGCUCCGGAGCCCGAAAACGAACGGGAAACACUCAAUUCCCUCAAGUUUGCGGCCAAAGUCUGCGAAACGGAGCUCGGAAAAACAAUCCGAAAUAUUAUUAAAUAUUGAGCUGCAGAAAGACUCCAUAAUCUUUAAACCUCUCGACGCUUCAAAGCUAGUACAAAGAUCACUUAUUAGAUUAGAUGCAGAUUGUUGAACUUAUAUGA